UUCCCGUUUCAAAGGACCCAGUUUGUUCGUUCAUUUUGGCAGAGGAGUAAAGGAGAAAUGCAAAGAGGUAAAACUGCGAGUAUAAAAGAGCAAAUCGAAAACCUCAAGGUCCGUGGAUUCUGUGUGGAGACACGAAAAGAUAACAACCGGCCUAGAGGACAUUGCUCUAUAGUCAUGGAUCCGCCUUUUUAUAAAAAGCUGAAAAUUAUGGGGGAUCAAGAACGGAUUUUCAGUAUACUGACAGAUCUCUAUAUCUUAUCCGAAGUGAAGUUAACUUUUGGCACGAAGGGUUUGUUUUCUUGCUUGUACGAACAUGGAGUAGAAGACACAUGGAGAGCAUUUGUUGAGACUAUGAAAGGGAGAGCGACUUCUUCCUCCGAUGCUUACUUGAAAGAGGAACUCAAGAGAAUGGAGAAAUGGCUAGACGAUGUGGAGCCUUUGGCAAAAGAAAUAUAUCAGGUGCUGAUUGUUUGCCACAGACAGAAAGUGUCUAAGCCUCAAGGAGAAUUUCAUUUUGAAAUUCUUCCCGACCGUUUUGGUUCGAUUCUGAUUAAGCUAUCAAAGCUUCGGUCGAAAUGGAAAGCUAUUGCAUCCUUGGAGCAUGGAAAUUUGUUAGAUGAAUUAGAAAAGCCAGAACUUGAUUAUGUAGAGAUUUUGAUUGAGGUACACAACUUUGUGGUCGUUCAGCAAGUAUUGCAAGAAUAA